UAGAUGCGUGUGCAGAUCCUUCGUAUCAAUACAUUACAGUUUUGAGCUCUGUUAGCUCUGUCUUUGGUCAUGUUGGGAGAUCUCUGGGCGUAUUUUGGGAAUUAACGUGAUCGUGCAAUCCUGUUUUAACAAGGACUGAUCAGGAUCCAGCAGAGUUUGGAAUUGUGAAUCAAAUGGGGAAUAGAGGCAAGCGACUGAUACAAAAGCUGUUUUUGGUGGUGUCUGUGAUUUGCAUCGUGGGUUUCUACCGUUUGACUACAUCAACCCUCCUUUCUACACACAGUGUUUCUCUGGCCCCUUGUGCACCAAAUGUUCAAGUGCGUAACAAUUCACAGCAAACUCUCAAAGAAAAUGCGACCUGCACGCCUAAAGUAAACCUGAUGUUCAUGAAGACCCACAAGACGGCCAGCAGCACUUUGAUGAACGUUCUCCUGCGCUUCGGAGAAAAGCACCAGCUGAGGUUUGCUCUCCCAGACAGCCGUAACGACUUCUUCUACCCGUCGAGCUUCUACCGAACCCAAGUGAAGAGCUACCAGCCAGGCCUAUGCUAUAACAUCUUGUGCAACCACAUGCGAUUCAAUGCACCUGAAGUGGAGAAGCUGUUCCCGGCGGAUGCCUUCUUCUUCACUAUCCUACGAGAUCCUGCAGAGCUUUUUGAGUCCUCGUUUCACUACUACAAAGUCUACGUGCCUCAAACGUGGAGAAUCGCUGGAGAAAACCAAUUGGAGGAGUUUCUCAAUGAUCCAAACCGCUACUUCAACCCACAGGGAAUCAACGCUUUCUACCUCAAGAAUCUACAGUUUUUCGACUUCGGCUUCGAGAAUAAUUUGGAAGCUGAUGAUGUGAGAGUCCAAGAAAGCAUUGAGUACAUCGAAAAGCGCUUUCAGAUGGUUUUAAUUUCAGACCACUUUGAGGAAUCGCUCAUUCUGCUUAAAGACGCUCUGUGCUGGCAGAUGGACGACUUGCUGUUUUUUAAACUCAAUGCUAGAAAUAUCACGUCUGUGUCUUCCAUGAGCCCUAAACUGAGGACUCGAGCUCGGGAAUGGAAUGGAGCCGACUGGCGACUUUAUCGGCAUUUUAACUCCACUUUCUGGGCGCGUGUGGAGAACUACGGCUGGAGCCGAAUGGAGGAGCAGGUGAGGGAGCUGCGCAGGAGAAACGCAGAGAUGGAGGCCAUCUGCAUUGACGGCGGAGGAGCCGUGGACGCGGCGGACAUCACGGAUGGACACAUGAAGCCCUGGCAGCCCAUCGGAAAAGCUUCCAUACUAGGAUACAACCUGAGGAGCGACAUCGAGCAACAGUAUGUCGAGGUCUGCAGGAAGAUGCUGACCCCUGAGAUCCAGUAUCUGACUGAUUUAGGAGUCAAUCUAUGGGUCACUAGGUUAUGGGGCUGGUUUAAGGAUAAUGUUGCUUCAUAUAUGUUGUAAGGAUUUGUAUAUUAA